AAUGGAAGGGAGACAGGGGCGGGCUUAAUGACGGAAGGAGCAUGGCGUGGAGACACCUGAAAAAGCGGGCCCAGGAUGCUGUGGUCAUCCUGGGGGGUGGAGGACUUCUCUUCGCCUCCUACCUGAUGGCCACGGGAGAUGAGCGUUUCUAUGCUGAACACCUGAUGCCGACUCUGCAGGGGCUGCUGGACCCGGAGUCAGCCCACAGACUGGCUGUUCGCUUCACCUCCCUGGGGCUCCUUCCACGGGCCAGAUUUCAAGACUCUGACAUGCUGGAAGUGAGAGUUCUGGGCCAUAAAUUCCGAAAUCCAGUAGGAAUUGCUGCAGGAUUUGACAAGCAUGGAGAAGCCGUGGACGGACUUUAUAAGAUGGGCUUUGGUUUUGUUGAGAUAGGAAGUGUGACUCCAAAACCUCAGGAAGGAAACCCCAGACCCAGAGUCUUCCGCCUCCCCGAGGACCAAGCUGUCAUUAACAGGUAUGGAUUUAACAGUCACGGGCUUUCAGUGGUGGAACACAGGUUACGGGCCAGACAGCAGAAGCAGGCCAAGCUCACGGAAGAUGGACUGCCGCUGGGGGUCAACCUGGGGAAGAACAAGACCUCAGUGGACGCCGCGGAGGACUACGCAGAAGGAGUGCGCGUGCUGGGCCCGCUAGCCGACUACCUGGUGGUGAAUGUGUCCAGCCCCAACACCGCCGGGCUGCGGAACCUUCAGGGAAAGGCCGAGCUGCGCCGCCUGCUGACCAAGGUGCUGCAGGAGAGGGAUGGCUUGCGGGGAGUGCACAGGCCGGCAGUCCUGGUGAAGAUCGCUCCUGACCUCACCAGCCAGGACAAGGAGGACAUUGCCAGUGUGGUCAAAGAGUUGGGCAUCGAUGGGCUGAUUGUUACGAACACCACUGUGAGUCGUCCUGCUGGCCUCCAGGGUGCCCUGCGCUCUGAAACAGGAGGGCUGAGUGGGAAGCCCCUCCGGGAUUUAUCAACUGAAACCAUUCGGGAGAUGUAUGCACUCACCCAAGGCCGAGUUCCCAUAAUUGGGGUUGGUGGUGUGAGCAGCGGGCAGGAUGCGCUGGAGAAGAUCCGGGCAGGGGCCUCCCUGGUGCAGCUGUACACGGCCCUCACCUUCUGGGGGCCACCCGUUGUGGGCAAAGUCAAGCGGGAACUGGAGGCCCUUCUGAAAGAGCAGGGCUUUUGCAGAGUCACAGAUGCCAUUGGAGCAGAUCAUCGGAGGUGAGGACAGCGUCUGUCGGGAAGCCUGAUCUGGAACCUUCCCAAGGACUCAGGCAAGCCUUUGUGGCUGGAUCAUGAGAGGAGGGACUCCAUCUUGAGCCAUGUCCCCCAGCCAUGGCAUGGCUGCACUCUAAACGCCAAUCGGGGGGUCACCAGGAUCAACCGCAGGCUUUCUUCAGUCCCUUGGCCAGACCAUAAACUGCAUUUGUGAUUCUUUGUGGAUUCAAACCCUAGGAUCCAUCAGUCUUGCAAGGACAUUGAAUAUUAGGAGGAAAAAGUCAUGGAAAAGAUAAAGCCAUUUAGAACCUGGGUUUCAACGCUAGCCCUUUCUGGUUUGCCAUAGGCCCUGCCAAGAUACUGCAGGUCCAUCCAGGCCUCUGCUAUCUGCAUCUGCAGUGGGCUUCCCAGGAACUUGACUGUCUUUCAUUUGAUCUUUAUUUUUGUUUAAUAUUUUAAACUGUAUUUUAAAAAUAUUUCAAACAUAAGGGCAGGGUGUGGUGGCUCAUGCCUGUAAUCCCAGCACUUUGGGAGGCUGAGGCGGGCGGAUCACCUGAGGCCAGGAGUUGGAGACCAGCCAGGCCACCAUGGUGAAACCCUGUCUCUACCAGAAAUACAAAAAAUUAGCCAGGUAUUGUGGCAGGCACUUUUAAUUCCAGCUACUCGGGAGGCUGAGGCAGGAGAAUUGCUUGAACCUGGGAGGCGGAGGUUGCAGUGGGCCAAGAUUGCACCAGUGCACUCCAGCUUGGGUGACAGAGCAAGACUCUGUCACACACAAAACAAACAAAUUUUCCCAUUCCUCUCCGUCGCUCUCUCUAUAACAUGAAUAAAAUAUUCACAUGUA